AUGACCAGUCUUGCCCUGCCUGAAUCUUCGAGGGCCCCUCGGCUCCUCUGCUGCAUGGUCCUCUUUUUUCUGGGGGCAGGUCCAGUGGCUGCUGGAGUCACCCAGUCCCCAAGACAUCUAAUCAAAAGUCGUGGGGCAGAGGCCGUUCUGAAGUGCCACCCCAUCUCUGGGCACAGCAGUGUGUACUGGUACCAGCAGACUCUGGGACAUGGCCCGCAGUUCCUCAUUGAGUAUUAUGAAAAGAAGGAGAGACAGAUAGGAAACAUCCCUGAUCGGUUCUCAGGAAAACAGUUCGAUAACUACAGCUCUGAGCUGGCCAUGAGCACCUUGCAGCUGGAAGACUCAGCUGUGUAUCUCUGUGCCAGCCGCUUAGACACAGCCCUGCAGGGUCAAUGGCUUUCUGCACUCAAACCUCCCUGA